AUGAAAUUCUCUUCUGCCAUCUUCUUGGGUCUCGGUCUCUUUGUAGCAUCUUGCUCGGCAGCAUGUAACUGUAAAGCAGCAGAUCAAGCCUGUCUGGACAAAUGUGUUAUCGCCGCAAAUAGCUGUAUUGUGAAAUGUGAAAAUCGAGGUGAUUCAUGUCAGGAAGCAUGUAUUACUUCAAAUUGGCCAUCUGCCAUGCCCAAGGCUCAGAAGGAUAUCUUGGCUGAUGCCUCCAAUUCAACCAGUUCAGCUGCUGAUGGCGCCACUACGACUGGAGCCACCAUGUCUGCUACUGCAUCCAUGUCAGCCUCUGUCUCUACCUAUCCAAGCACACUUAGCGGCGGCUCAACCAUCAUGGUUACAUCCACCAUGUCCACCAAGCCAACCAGUAGUUUGGCAGGAGGAAAGAGUGAUGGAUCCAACACCCCAAAAAAUAACAUGGAUAACUCCAACACGAGUGGAUCCAACAAGCAAGCCGUCUUGGGCUGGUCUGUGGCUUUGGCUGGUGUCGUGGGUGCCGCUUCAUGGAUGGCUUAA